AUGUGUGACGGCUCGAACCCGCUAAGCGGUGCCCGGCAGGGGCGGGCCGCCAACAGGAGGGCGGAGGAGGAGAAGGCGAGGCGGCGCGCAAAGGCGGCGGAGGCAACUGCAGCCAAGAAGGAGGCCAAGAAGUUGGAAAAGCGCCCCCUCCCCGCCUCGGCGUCGGCGACGGUGGCGCUCACCGACUUGGCGAGAGCGCUCGGCGCCACCGACGCCACGCUGUCCGACGUGCUCGGGCUGGAGGACGAUCUACUGGCGCUCCUUCCUUCGCCGUGCCUCGCACUGAUCCUCAUCUAUCCCACGCGUGUGGGCGGCUCGUGCGGCACCGUCGCACUCCUCCACGCGCUCUCCAACAGCACGCCGGCGCUCGCUGUUGAGCCGGGAUCGCCACUAGAGGAGCUCCUCUCCACGCCAGAGCCGGGCGACGGCGAGGCGGCGCUCGUCGCACGACACUCCGAGUGGCUGGCGAACUCGACUGCGGUGCGGGCGGCGCAUGAGCGGUGUGCGGAGCUCUCUACCGCGGCUGCAGCGGCGGGGCGUCAGGGCCGGCACUACGUGGCGCUGGGACGGCGCGAGAAGGAGGCUGCUGACAGGAGGGCGGAGGAGGAGAAGGCGAGGCGGCGCGCAAAGGCGGCGGAGGCAACUGCAGCCAAGAAGGAGGCCAAGAUGAAGAACAAUAAGGCCAAGAAGGCGCCGCCUGCCUUCAAGCUCGAGGAGGAGCGGAGGGCGCGGGCUGCGGCAGAGGUUCGCGCACAGGAGGAGAGGGCGGCGCGGCUGGCUGCUGAGCAGGAGGCGGCGAGGCGGGCGAAGCGGGAGGCGGCGGAGCUAGCGGGUGCGGCGGAGCAGGCGGCGCUGCGCGAGGCUGCGGAGCUAGCAGAGGCGUUUCGCCGGUCAGAGAUAGAUGCGGAGGAGGAGGCUCUGGCGCGCCGGGUGUCGCGGUGCGAGGAGGCGGUGAGCAGCGAGUCGGCCGGCGGCGGGGACCUGAUGCGGCGUGUCGACCGGCUGGAGGCCAGCUUGGGCGCGGCGAUCGAGGGUCGCCUCAAGGAGCGGGUCGGCGCCAUCGAGCGCUUGAUCGGGCCAGAGGCAGCCGAGGCGGCGGGGCAGCAUCUGCCAGUCACCGAGCCGCUUGCUGCCGUCUCGCUAGCGGACGCCGGCCUCGACACGGGGCGGCCGGCCCCCGAGUCCACGAUGGGGGGAGAGACCACGUGUAUCGUGUGUUUUGCGAGAGUCAAGUCGCAUGCUGCGGUUCCGUGCGGGCACUUGUGCGCUUGCGGGCCAUGCUCUGAGCUGAUGCGAGAGUGCCCUUACUGCCGCUCGAGCCAGUGA